CGGAUCAUACCCUUUCGCAUGAGAAGUUGCCAGGGUUUGUUUCUAAAAAUUUAAACAAUCUCAGAAGUUGUAUGGUAUCAACGCCGUAACUCAUAACUCCGUCAAUUCUCUCUCACUUGUGUCUGCUGCCAUCUUGUCUGAAACAUGGGAGCCAGAGAAACUGCCUAUCGAGACGAGGCUCGCGACUCGGAGACCUUUAACGAAGGCGAGUAUGAUGGCCUUGUAUCGGGCGUUCAACGUCCGGGCACUAGCAGCAAAUUUGGAAAAAUCGUGAAGCUGGCACCAGCUCUUCUGGUUGUUUCCUUGCUUUUGAACAUCGUCCAGGUGGUUUAUCUUAAUUUCCGAAAACCACAGAUUUACUCUCACUACGCAAAGCUUCCUGAGGAUGAACUUGAAAUUCCCUUCAGAUAUGCCACUGAAUACAGUGACGACGAGCAUACCCACGAGGAGAAAGAUGCUUUGUGGAAUGCAAUCGAUAUUAGCGAAGGAUUCGUCGCUAUUACACAUGACGAAGCCGAUAAACUUGGUCUUCCACGGUCCAAGGUCUUCCCCUGGGAUGUUAACAAAGGCAUGUAUGUCAGCCACGGACACCAUGCUCUUCAUUGUACCGUCCUCCUCCAUGCAUAUACCUAUGAUGCCCACCAAGGCAAACAGCCACUGGUUUCCUACCAUCACAUAGAACACUGCCUCGACCUUCUCCGCCAAGACAUUAUGUGCAGAGCUGAUGACCUGAUGGACUACACCAAGGACCAUGGUGAGCAGUUCCUAACCGGCGAAAUGCAGCCACGCAAAUGCCGUGACUGGAAUAAACUACGAAAGUGGGUGCAGGAGCGCAGCGCUUGCUACAAGACUGUCAACAUCACUCGCGCCGGGGAGGACCACGGCGUUGAGCACCAGCUUGACCGAUAUACAUACUGCCCCCCCGGAAGCCCCUACGAGCCUUUAAUUCGUGCGUAUAAGGACCUCGGUCGUCUGAACACCGGAAACCUUGACGAGAAUGGAUUCAGAGCCCUGUCUCCAGAAGAGCUCAAGGCCGACGCUGAGGCUGUGGUCCAGCAUAACGACGCCAUUUUAAAUGGAAAUCAGUAAGAUAUGGCGAUAUGUCAGAGGUAACUUGUGCAACAAAUUGCAAAAUUACGAGAAAUUGAGAGAGAUUGUCGGCGUCGCCUUGGUCCGCGAGAAUCCCAUCCUACAUAUAUAGGGCCCUAAAUCAUCCAUCGACUUUCAAACCCUUGUAACUAUCAAUACACAGAACACUGAUUCGUCUAAG